AUGGCCAACGCUCUAUCAAAUGGCUAUAGAAAACAACCGGUGGAACAUAACGAGAAGAAAAGAUUUGUAUUCGGGUCGUCGACACCACGUGAUCUCUCUUAUAUGUAUAGCAUACCAACAAUACGUAAAUACGAUUCAAAAAUGAAGCCAAUAAAACAGGUUAAGGACCAAACGCUAUCGUAUUACAUGCGACAGGCACGAUCUAUCACCCGGAACCAAUCAGGAAGUCGAGAAGGUUCUAGAGAUCGAGUGAUACGUGGAACGUUCGCGUUUGGCUCGUCAACACCACGCAUUUUGUCGCAUUUAUGCGGUGUAACAAAAGAAUAUGAUAGAAUUUAUCCGCAAGUUGGGCGACGAUCUUGCACGACACCAACUUUUCCAAUAUCACGCUCCAAGACAGUAGGUGCAUCAACGGAUGUUCAGAUAAGACGAAUCGAUGGAAUCACGCAAAAGCCAAGUGGAAUGGUAGCCAAGAAAGACACACGUUCAUUAAUAUCCACCAAUCAGUCAAAAGAAAGAAGUGAGAAGUUCAUGGAUUUCGUGAAAAAGAACCUGGAAUCAGAGAACGAUAAAGCAAAAUUGAUGAAAAAGGUUGUUGCUAAAGACAGACAGCAGAAAAGCCAAAAAGCUGGGAGUGGAAGGAAAGCUCCGGUAGAAAAAGAAUUUACCAAAACUGGAUUUUCUCAAAUGUCAACGAAAUUAUCUCCAGCAUCUGCUAUUAAUAAGGGAUCGAAACCAGAAGCAACACUUAUCGAGGAAAGACAGUUAUUGGUUGCUAGCACAAUUGAAGAUGAGACAAGACUGUUUCCUGCACGAUCAAUACCUGUAGAGGAGAUUAUAACAAAAGAAGUUGCAGAAUACAAAAGUAAUAAUAAAGUGUCAAGAACAGACAGUCUAACAGAAAAUAGGAUUGUUCAGAUUCUGCAUAAGGAAUCGGAAGGGAGAGAAAUAGACAUAAGCAGUUAUUCAAGAUCAAUCGAGCAAGAUGACAGAACAGGAAUAUUUUCAGUUGUUUCCGAAACGAAUCAUAUCAAAAUGAAUGUAAAAUCGAAUUCCGAAAAUAAAGAUGAGACAGGAGAAGAGCUUUCCAAUAAUUCAGGACCAGGAAAAUGCGAGGCAUCUCUUUCUAUUGAAUUAUACGGUGCCACUCCCAUUGCUAUGACUACUGAUCCUGCUAUUUCUCCUAUAAAACUAUCAUUAUCAUUAACUCCUGACAAAAUAUUUAGUUUUUUUAAUGACGAUAGCGAACCGAAGGAUGACCAUUAUUUAAAAAGUUCAGAAGAUAAGUUUAAAGAUAAAGAAACAUUAGUCGAUUCAGGACCAAAGUAA